AUGAGAGACUCCUACUAUUUCGGCGUAGAGAUUGAAAUGAUCGCAGAGCCUCGAGUCCACGACUCCAGUCGACACAGACGAACGCAUUACUACGAAAAACUGGCGAGUGCGUUGCGGUGCGAGAACAGACCUGCCCUCGCUGAUCGACUUAAUGAGAACUACAGAAAGCACAGCGAGCAUUAUGACAAGUGGUGGAUUACGAAAGAUGGCUCUUUGGGGGACCCAUCCUAUCCUGAUAUCCCCUUAGAAGCCGUGUCACCAGUCAUGUUAACGAACAACUACUGGGAAGCUGAGAUAGAUGAUUUCUGGAAAGCAGUCAAGAAAACUUUUCAUAAACCCUCCAAGUCCAAAAAGUGCGGCAGCCACAUCCACAUCUCCCCAGGGCCAGAUAAGUGCUGGGACGGGACGGAACUGCAGGGCAUUGCAUUCGGCGUUAUCUACUACGAGCCUCUCAUCAAAGCCAUCCUACCACGCCAUCGGCAAGAGAAUACCUACUGCAAACGGAACUCUGAGACCUCAGAAGAGCUGCGCGGCUGCUAUCAGGGCGGAGAGCUAAACCUCGCUCGCGUCUGGCGGCUGAUGGGGAAGCAGGUCAAUUCUAGGGAGGGUCUUCGAGAUCUGAUGCAAGGAGGAGGCUCGCAGUAUACCCGGCAUGCACUUUGGAACUUCAGCAAUAUAGCCUCUGGGAAAUCGGGGACCAUUGAGUUCCGAGGAGCCAGCGGGUUUCGUGAUUCAGCUAGUACGAGACGGUGGGUUUCGUUUGUGGUGGCUUUUAUACACUUGUGUCUUUUGAAGGGGUUUCAUCGAGCGUGGCGGAUUCUUGUUGCGCGGCCUACGAUGAACAAGUUCUGGGAUGAUAUUCUCAAGGCUGCGGAAGAUAUUGGUGUAGGAGCAGACCUUCCAGUUGAUUAUCAAGAUAUGGCAUCCUCUAGAGGGGUUACUUAUGUUUGA